UAUUCGUGUCUUCUCAGCUGACGGACGCACACGCCGAUGUUCGGUAGCGCUAUUUUCACGCUUUUCCGGCGAGAUUUUUUCCACCGCCAGGAAAAUUCGACUGUGAUUGUGAUAAAGCGAGCACGCGUUAACGCAUCGUGACCACCUAUCGUUUGGCACCUCCGUUCCAUUGCUGUUGCAUCACUGUUGUGAUUUGUGUGCGAGAAAGUGAUACCAUCGUUUAAAUGUGAAAAGUUUUUUGGGGAGAAAUUUUGAAGCUCCGUACCACUCACCUUCCCCGACACGUGCGUCUUUCAUCCAGCAAGUGGCUGACAAAAAUUUGGCCUCCCAUGCGUGAGUGAGUGUGCGUGUGUUUACAAAAGCAUUCGUGCGGGAUACCUUGGCGGUUGACCCUCAGCACCGAUUGUGUGUCGGGCGAUGGGUGUUGUGUAGCGUGAGUGAGUGUGAGCGGCGUAGAAUUUGUUAUUUUUAAUUCCCGCCCGUUCCUUUCGCGAUACUUUGCAAUGUUGCACAUUUCACUUUUUCGCACGUUGCACACGAUCUGACCGGGUGGUGUUGCAUGUGUGUUUCGUCAGUCUGGCGAGAGCGCCAUUCUCCAUAGUUACGCCUGGUGCCGGUGUGCAAAACAAUCCUUCUCCGUUCCCGUUUGUUUCGCUGGUUCUGGUGACCAAGAUGAGUGAGCAGAGUGCGUGUUAGUGCCUAAAAACCCUUCCACUGGAAAUCGGUAACACGUAUUAACCUCCAAAUUGCGAUUAGUAAUCGUUUAUCAGUUGGUUGUGCAAACCAAAGGCCUGCGCAGUGAUAGGGGAAACCGGGAGUGAUUGGUUUCGGAGGGCAACAGUGAUUAAUAGCAAGCAAACCCUUCUUGCUGAAGGUCUUCCGGGAUUAGGUUGUGCAGCAGAGAGAGUGUUGUGAUUCUGGUCCGCCAGUCCGAUGCUUGGAUCCAACGUUGGUCCAUCCGCCGUUCCGUUCCAAAGGUCACAUCAGCAAGAGCAGAGCAAGUUAGCGCUUUCGUAUAGCGUGGUUGUUGUAUGGUGUACUAGCUGCACGUGCACAAAGUAAAAACACCUUCAUUAACAAACCAAUCUCAUCGAACCAGCAAAAGUGUUUGCAUGUGUGUGUGUGUAUGUGCGCGCGGUAACAACUUCAAACGUCAUUACCAGCAGUGCCUACUUAUAUAAUUUGGCCCGUCUUCAAGAAGGGAUUGCGUUGUCUUCAUUCAACGAUCAACGCUGCAGUGAUUAGGCAUAUGAUCAUUGAUAAGCUGCCGGCAUCUCGCACCUUCCUCGUGGCAUCAUGGCGUCAUCGUUCGGUGUGUGGGACUAUGUUGUGUUCAUCGCUAUGCUGCUCGUGUCCGCCGGGAUCGGAGUGUAUUAUCGGUUUUCCGGUGGCAAACAGAAGACUAACACGGAGUACCUGCUGGCCGAUCGCAACAUGUCGAUCUGGCCGGUGUCAUUCAGCCUGAUGGCUAGCUUCAUGUCCGCGAUCACGUUGCUGGGUGUGUCGAACGAAAACUACCAGUUCGGUACACAGUUCGUGGCCAUCAACCUUUCGUACGGGCUUGCCACACCGAUCGCGGCCUACCUCUUCCUGCCAGUAUUCUUCCGCCUGCAGGCCUGCAGUGCGUACGAGUAUCUCGAGAAACGGUUCGGCAAAAAGACACGGCUAGCCGCCUCGCUCGCUUACACCCUGCAGAUGAUACUGUACAUGGGCAUUGCCGUGUACGCGCCGGCCCUCGCCCUGCAGGCCGUGACCGGGCUCGACCAGGCGUACUCGAUCCUGGCGAUCGGUGGCAUCUGCACGUUCUACUCGACGAUCGGGGGCAUGAAGGCGGUCCUGUUUACCGACGUCUUCCAGUCGGUGCUUAUGUUUGCCGCCAUCUACGCGGUCAUUAUUUGCGCUGCCGUGAAAGCCGGCGGACUGGGACCGAUAUGGGACGCGGCGUCCGAAGGUGGCCGGUUGGAGAUUUGGAACUUCGAUCCAAACCCAACGACGCGACACACCUGGUGGUCACUGACGAUCGGUGGAAUGUUUACCUAUCUAUCCCUGUAUGCCGUCAACCAGACGCAAGUGCAGCGGCUCAAAACGGUGAAGAACUUAAAGUCCGCCCAGAAAGCCCUCUGGCUGAACUGGCCCAUUCUUUCACUGCUCAGUCUCAGCACAUCGUUCAGCGGGCUGGCGAUCUACUACUUCUACCGCAACUGUGACCCACUGCGGCAGGGUCGCAUCAAGGUGCGCGAUCAAACGAUGCCACUGUUCGUCGUCGACGCUAUGGGCGAUAUGCCCGGGCUGCCCGGGCUGUUCGUGUCCGGUAUCUUCUCCGCCAGCCUGUCCACCGUAUCGGCGGCCCUCAACUCGCUGGCGGCCGUCACGCUCGAAGACUACCUGAAGCCGCUGUACCAGAAGGUGAAGCGAAAACCACUGCCCGACCUGCAGUCGAGCUUCCCGAGCAAAGUGAUGGCGUUCCUGUACGGUGUGAUCUGCAUAGCGGUCGCAUUCCUCGCACAGAAGAUGGGCGGCGUGCUGCAGGCAUCGCUCACGAUAUUUGGCGUCGUCGGUGGACCACUGUUUGCGCUCUUCACCAUGGGAAUGUUCACCACGCGUGCCAAUCAGCGGGGCGUGAUAACGGGACUGCUCGUGGGGCUAUCAUUUUCCCUGUGGAUAGGCUUCGGCCAGCCAAGGCCACCGCUAAAAACGCUCGACUUUUCCGUGGAGGAUUGUUCCGACUUUGGAGGGUUCAAUCAGACCAGCCUACCGCUCGCGAUGGCCCAGCGGGCGGCAGAGCCGCGCGACGACUCCGACUACUUCUACAUGUACCGACUGUCUUAUCUGUGGUUUAGCGUGCUCGGCUAUCUGGUGACGUUCGUCGUCGGGUACGGUACCAGCCUGGUGCUGCGCUGGCGCGGUGCUCACGGCACCGAGCGCAUCUACCUCGACGAGCAGCGUAACUACAUCAACACGGACCUGUUUUCGCCCCCGGUUGCCCGCGCCAUGAAGCAGCGGAUGGCCAAGUUUAUCGAGAACGGUGGAGAUAUUGAUGCGACAGCGAGGCAGCACUCGAGCAGUGUGGACAUUCCGGUGGCCGAUAAGCAUGGCAGUGCCAGUCCGCUUUAAAAAGGCCGUGUCGGAUUGUUCAUGCACCUGCCACCAACCGCCCCCAACCCUUCCACGCUAUAUCCCACCCCUACAUCCCAUCCAGCGGCUGUGGAGGAUAGUGAUGUUCCACUCAUCAACCGAAUCGCGCACCAAGCGUGUGCGCGUGUGUGCUUCGAUCCUUUAGAAGGAUCACGACUUAAGGACGCCGUCGGUUUUGUGCAGGCGUGCUACAAAAAAAUCAAGUCUUCCAAUACAAUGCGCGACGCACUAUCCCAUCGGUAAAUACCAAAUAGAAACGUUUGUAAGCAGCGUUUGCUAAGACGACUAUGCACAACGAUCGGCGGAUGGUUUGUGCCCGGUUUCGGUUUCGGGAAUGCGGAAUAUUUCCUGCAGCCGAACGAACCACCGAGACCAACGAGACAAAUAAGUGUAGGUAGUAAAUUAGGCGCCAGCAACUAGUAAUGCUGUGCACACUGCAAAAGGUACUUCAGAUAGCGUUUUGUUGGCUUUUGUUUUUUGUUUCGUUGUUUCGCUAGGCCGUAAUUAAAUGUGAGCGAUUGUAUAUGUGAUGAUGCGUGUGCGAUGUAUAGUAGGAGUACGGCAACCGAGUUGCCGCGAACCAUAGCGUUGUAAAAGUGUGUGUGUGUAUGUCUGAGUGUCAGCAGGGAUCGUGAUCGUGUGCAGCGAACUAGUAGUAGGCAGUAGUAGGAAAAAUAAAACCCAACCCUCUAAGAACGGUA